GCUUGGCAAAAUUACCGACGGAUGGCGAGGCGUAAAGGGACCGGUAUUUGUGGCCGGUGAUUGGGCGACAGGGCCGGGGAUGGGGGAGAUGACAGGACGUGACAAUACAGGCCGGGUGAGCGUGAGGUGGCCUCUUUCUGGCAACUCGCGACCUCGACUCCUCCGACUCGCUCACGACCUCAUUUUCCUUCCACCUCCGUCGAUCCAUCUGGUCAAUCCUCCUCUUCUCUUCUCCUCUUCAAUUCUCUCUAAUUCUCUACAACGCUCUUUAAUUUUUGCUUUUCUUUCACUUUCACAUCCAAUCUCUUCAAAAUGCUUGACCCGUCCUCCCCGUCAGCUUGGUCAAUUGCCCGGAGAAAUCAUACUGACCGAUUCUACCAUCAGGCCUCUCCUCGUGCUGCUUCUCCCCUGACCUCCGGUGCUGAAUCCGGCCCUGACUCCAAGUCGGCCGGUGCUGGUGCCGCCGCCGGAUCUGCGUCCGCCAUCAACCGUCCUUCGUCGCCUACUCCCCCCGGUGGUCCUCGCGCUGCCUUGCGUCGCCGUGCGGCCGCCGACCACAAGGAGUCUCUGCGCAAUGUUCGACCUAGCUCGACUCGCUCUGCCGGCGCCGGCGGUUCCUCGGGCACUAUGCUCAAGCUCUACACCGACGAGAGCCCUGGUCUGCGUGUUGACCCCGUCGUUGUGUUGGUUCUGAGUCUGGGAUUCAUCUUCUCGGUUGUUGGCCUGCACGUCAUUGCCAAGAUCACCCGCAAGUUCUCCUCGUAAGCCGAUUCUCAAAUGCAACGCGAUCGCACCGUCUCGUCACUGCGUUUCGCCUUUGCCGUCGUCCAAUCCGGCUCAAGCGACGGACGCAUAUGCGACAAACA